UUAAUAAUAAUAAUAAUAAUAAAAAGAGCAACGCAGGGAAUUCGGAUAAGCGACCUGGGGUGUCAAAGUCCCAUUGAUUUCUAGGUCGUUCGUAACUCCGACCAAAUCUAGACGAUCCAAGUCGAAGCCCUUCUACGCCCCCCUGUAAUCCGCAAGGAAAUACCAUUGUCCUCCUUCAACGCCGCUUAUGGUCUUUUUAUUUUUUAUUUCUUUUUCAAUUCUUUUACUUUCUAUAAAAGAGUCUAUGCUGGCUGUCUAUGCAGCUUUCCGUCACUUGAAAACUUCUUCAGUCACGAAGCAAUACGAAAAGAACGUCGUCAUGUCUAGACCACAGACCAGCUACGCCUCCUCCACUACCCAAUCGCCGAAUCCAAGUUCGGUCUCUGGUGCCAGAAACCCACAAAAUGCAGACGUGGGUGUGCCCAGGUCCUCGUUUGAACUAGUGCAGAUCAGCGAUGUUGAGGCUGCAGAGAACAGCACUGGAGCUGAGCCACUCAAAUCCAGCGCAGCGUCUGAAUGGGACCCUGCCGCCUUUCCUGAUGGAGGGGUUGAGGCUUGGCUCGUCGUCAUGGGAGCCUUUUCCGCUCUUUUCUGUACCUUUGGCCUGCUGAACUGCAUAGGCGUUUUUCUCCAAUACUAUAUUGAUGGCCCCCUCUCCGGCUACGGCGAAAGCGCCGUGAGCUGGAUCACGUCAGCACAGAUCUUCUUCAUGACCGGCACAGCGUUCAUCUGGGGACGACUCUAUGACAAUUAUGGCCCACGCUGGCUCCUGAUAAUCGGCACUAUUGUGUAUGUCUUCGGGCUGAUGAUGGUAUCACUGUCCAGCAAGUACUACCAAUUCUUUCUUGCCCAAGCUGUCGUUGCCGGCUGCGGCUCAGGGAUCGUCUUUAACGCCUCAUUGUCCCCUAUCGUAACGUGGUUCUACAAGAAGCGUGCUACUGCUUUUGGUAUUGUGGCAUCCGGUUCAUCCGUCGGUGGUGUAGUUCUGCCAAUCAUGUUGGAUCGCUUGACUCAAACAAUUGGCUUUCCUUGGGCGAUUCGUGUUGUCGCUUUCAUGUUUCUCGGACUUUGUGGCAUCACUUGUCUGACUGUAAAGUCUCGCUUGCCACCACGGCCGAAACCAUUCCAUAUCCGGGAUUACUUGAAGCCUUUCCGAGAACCCGCGAUGUGUCUGAACAUGGUCGCUGGGUUCUUCUUUUAUUGGGGCAUGUUUUUACCCUUCAACUACCUCACUUUGCAAGCAACGGCGGCAGGUAUGUCACCAUCGCUUGUUCCCUAUCUGCUAUCGAUUUUGAAUGCUGUCAGUAUUGUCGGCCGGAUCAUCCCCGGAUUCACAGCCGACAAGCUAGGUCGUUUCAAUAGCAUGAUCACCAUCACGGCCUUGUCGGGAAUCGUAACGCUAGCUCUGUGGAUACCCGGCAAGAGCACAGGAGCCAUAAUCGCUUACGGUGUCUUAUUUGGACUUACCUCUGGUGGAUUUGUUUCACUCGUCCCGGCAUGCAUUGCCCAGCUUUCCGAGGUGCAUGAGAUUGGAACCAGAUCCGGAACCACGUUUUUAGUAUCUGGAGUCGGUGCAUUGACAGGCUCUCCGAUCGCUGGAGCGCUAGUCAGCGAUAUGAACGGCGAUUAUCGUGGACUCCAGAUCUUCUGUGGGUGUACCUUACUGGUGGCAACCCUCUUUUACAUCGCGGCGCGGUACGCACAGGCAGGCUUCCGAUACGCGAAGAUAUGAGGCUUGGCUAUCAAACAUACAUGUUUUUAAUUCGUGUCUCUAGAAAUUACAUGUUUAGCUAUUCCUUCACCUUAUUGCGUACUGCUAAUGAAGGUGUUGAAUACAAAUCGGGUGGCCUCGUCCAUCGCGUGGUCGCCGAGGGCGGGCUCGUAUCGGAAAUGGAUCUGUAAUGGGUCUAGACCGAAUGCUAUACUCUGACGUCUAUUAUUGUGGCAAUAUGGAUGACUAUAGAUGACCGCAGUGUACAGGGAGCACUCCGUACACUAAGGCGAUGAGCUCGCGGAUCACCGAACUUGGGAAGUGGUGAUCACGUGACUUAGCCAGUGG